UGGAGGGUAAAACAGCCAGUCUGCAUGUGGGUUUGAGGCUGGAAGCGUUCAGAAAUAACCUCGUGCUAGUUUUUUCCUCAAAAAACCGCAGGAUUUGCUCUCUUCGAUAGCGCUAGUUGCACGAUGGCCCACGAAAAAGUCCUGAGCAAACAGGAUGAAAUCCUGGAAGAGCAAACGCGCUUCUACAACUACGGCAAGAAGCGCCUUACUGGCAUGGAAGCGUUCAAACUCUUCCUGUGGAACCCGGAAAAGAAAGCUUUUAUGGGCCGAACAGGAGCCAGUUGGUCGAAAAUCGGCCUGUUCUAUUUGAUAUUCUACGGGAUGUUGGCCGCGCUGGUUGCGAUUUGCAUGUGGGUGUUCCUGCAGACGCUCAACCCGCGGAUCCCCAAGUGGCAGCUGGACCGCUCCAUCAUCGGCACCAAUCCGGGGCUCGGGUUCCGCCCGAUGCCCACCAACAACAUCGAGAGCUCCUUGAUUUGGUUCCAGGGUUCCAACCGCACCAACUACCAGCCGUGGGUGGACAAUCUAUCGCGUUUUCUGGACGGGUACUACACGCCGAGCAAAAUUGCCAAAGGCAGUGGCCAGAUUAAGACCUGCUCUCAUUCGGAUUUUCCCCAUGAUGAUGAGGUGUGCGAGGUGGACGUCCGCGAAUGGGGCAAAUGCAACAAGGACGAGUUCUUCGACUACCACCGGAGCUCGCCCUGCAUCUUCCUCAAACUGAACCGCAUCUACGGCUGGACGCCUGAUUAUUACCUCUACGACCACGAGCUUCCUCCGGAUAUGCCCAAGCAGCUCAAAGCCCACAUUAAGAGCCUCAACAACACCAGGGAUAGGCAGAACAUUUGGGUCUCAUGCGAAGGAGAAACUCCCGCCGAUAAGGAGUACAUUGGCAGCAUCUCCUACUACCCCAAAAGCGUCCAGGGAUUUCCCGGCUACUAUUUUCCUUAUCUGAACAGGGAAGGGUAUCUGAGUCCUCUAGUUGCUGUGCGCUUUGAGCGACCAGUUCCCGGAAUCGUGAUCAAUGUGGAAUGCAGAGCGUGGGCGAAAAACAUCCGAUACGGAAGAUCAGGCAGAGUGGGCUCGGUGCACUUUGAACUGUUGAUCGACUAGAUCUGAAGCCAAAGCACUGCGCGUUAUAAGAAAACCAUUCAAUUUCCUCUUAUACCUCUACAUGUUUAGAAUUAUUGAAAGUAGUGUACUUGUAAGUAGUUGGAGCGCAGUUUGAGCCUGGACUGUGCGCGUUGUAAAUAAGCUAAAAUACUCUCAUUAAGGAAACGUUGUACCUUAAGUCGCCGCCAACAAGUAAUUUAUAUUCUUCACGCUAGAACGGUUGGAUGUAAAUGACCCGAAAAUGCAAUAAAAACGAUUUUUUAUCUUCAAAUCCAA